AUGCUUACCCCGUCGGGAUUAAUCGACUGCGCUUGGGAGACGAGAUUAUCAGGAUCUCGCAAGAAACAAGAAGUAUGCCCGUUUUACGUGCAGAACGAACUUAACUAUAGUCCACCCGGUCACGAACAAGUCAUUCGUAUCAGCUUUAAACCCGUGAAAACGCUACAGUUUUAUGCGGUGGCUAAGUUGAAGAUAAUUGUCCAGUACAGUCUCGAAACUGAGAUCAUAACGUUGGUCGGUCGAGGAAUUGAGAAAUAUUUGAAUGUGAUAGAACCCGAUGUUCGGUUUCUACCGACUGUGCCUUUUACUGAAAUUCAAGAAGCUAUUUUCACGAUUGAAAAUCCUUGCGAUUAUCCGGUCGAAGUUUUCUGGCAACAUUUAGACGAUUCGUUCGAGACAGAGAAUCGAAUCAUAAAGGUAUUGCUGUAUUAUUACCGAACGAAGGAAAUAUUUUUACCUCCAAGAAGACCCGGCGAAUCGAUAUCGUCGACUUUUAGCAAAUUCUACAACGAGCUGGUGAACGAAAUGGCUCGUUCGAUAAUGGAGGAGGAAUUUGAAGAAACCUUACAGGACGAAGAAUACGAUGUAAAAGAAAGUAAGCUCGCCUUGAUAGAAUCUAACUGUAAACGUGAAUUGUUUAAACUAUCGACAGGUGUAGGGAAGCAGGAGAAUAGAGAAGAAAGGGUGAGGAAAUUAAACAUUUCGAAGAAGAGAAGAAAACGAAGCGGUGUAUCUUCUCGACGAUCUACGACGAGAAAAUCGAGCAUUCGCGGAUCCAGUCGUCGUGGAAGGAAAACGGAAACCAGCGAGGCUUCCAGCAUAGAUUUCGACAGAAAUGAUUGUCCGACGUUUUCGGUUCUGGAUGAAACUGUAUUGGAAUCUGUUACUUUGCCAACGAGCGAUCCUGAAGAAAUUCAACGAUUACUUUUCUGCUACAUAGACACUCUACGUGAAACUCCAGACAUUUUCAGCAAGUUAAAAGAUCCAGUGAAAGAUCUAUUCAAGGAUGUGGAACAGAAAUGUCCAUCGGGCGAUCUCGAUCCUCUGGAACCGGUGAAAAAGGCUUGCAUAAUUUUUCACGGAGCUCCCUUCACUGAGUACCAAGAAGCCGCUUGCAAGAGUGCGAGGGCGUUGCAAAUACCUGUGCUUAAUGUCGACAAAGCGAUCGUAGAAGUUGUGGCACUUGGAAGGAGCUCAUGUUCGAUUCGACUGCGACAAAUCAUCGAUGAGGCAUAUGAAAAUUAUUUGGAAGCUUUCGAAAAGCAACAGUACGCUUUACGAUUAAACAAAGAUGAUUUGGAAGGCACCGUCGAAUCAAAAUCACCGAAAGAAGGAACACCCCGGAAGAAAUCACCGAGAAGUCCAGUGAGUGAUUCCGCAAAAAGUGCGAAGAAAGCAAAAUCGGGUAGAUCCAUCACAACCGAAGCUUCAAACGUGCAAGAAGUCUACCUGAAACUGCAUCCAGAGCCUGAUGCUUCGAAAGAAUUCAAUAAAAUAGCUGGAAUCGAGGGGCUGGAACUGCUGGACCCUUUGAGUCGAUACGAAUACAAGAUUCAGGCGAUCUUGCUGCUGGAAAAGAUGCUUGAUCCCGAUGCCAUUACGAGUCCGGUCGGAAAACUGGAUGCGUUUCUUGGAAUUCCAGUCGAACUGAUCGUAGAAGCUCUUCAAGAACGAUUAUCCAUGGAGGAUUUCAAAGGAGGAUUCGUUCUGCAGAGUUUGCAGAGCAAUUUUCUACGCAAUAACAUCGUAGACCUCCUGCUCCACUUAUUACGAAUCGUUGGCCACGUGGAGUACCUCCUGUUCGUUACUUUCCUUAAUUCGAUGGAUAAUUACAAUCGCAAGGUGGAGGAAAUUCGACGGGAACGAGAGAAGGAGACGGUCGAUAUCGGCAAGAAAAUUCAGGACAUAGACAAAAUGUCGUUGUCCGAAUACGAUUUGCUUCCGGAAGAAGAUAAGAAGCUGUACGUGGAUGCAAUUUUGCCUGUCAGAAGGGAAGAAGCAUUGAGGAGGCGAGCUCGAUACCUUGAGCGAAUGGCGGAACGUAAAAGGAAGAAGGUCGAGGUUCGUGCAAGCUCGACACCGAAAGUAAAAGGAAGCACGAGGUCGAGAAAAAGCAAGAUGACGGGCAGUAAAAAGUUCACGAGUUCGAAAGGUUCGAGCAAACGAGAGACAGGCGGCAGCAAAGCAACGAGAAGCAGAGAUACCUCGAGACGAGGUGAGAUUCGCGAAGAAUUGACGCGAUGAAACUGAGGUGGCGAUUU